GACUUAUCAUUAUGACGAAAGAAUCUAACUAAGGCAUAUAAGAUCACAACUAUUCUAUGAGUUAGACCCAAGAAAAAACUAUUCUAUGAGAGAUAGCUCUACCCAAACGACACACCAAUGGUGGAUGCAUAAGUUAUAUUUACUAUGGGCACUAGACAUCAAGUCCUACUCCCAGCUAAUUUUCAUUUUGUGUUGCAAAACUUGCAACGGAUAACUUUUAUCAAACUAGUAGCAAAUAUUUAUCUUGCAUUAAACCAAUUACAAGAAUUUAUAGCAACGAGUUUUUAGUUUACCAAGAAGUGGUUUAGACAUAAAGUCCUAAGACCAAGAACCAAAACAUAGUACAAUUUACUCAUGUCGGCGAGAUUCAGAUUUUUAUCUUGAGAGAUUUUUCAUCUAUAGCUUUCAAGCCUACCAUAAUGGAGCUACUAACGAACACGUACUUUUCUAGUAUUUUUAUAAGAAUUUGUAGAACACAAACAAACCAAACGUGACCAAUCAUGGCGUUAACCAGCACAUUUUAAGUCAUGAUUAGAUGUAUGUGUAUAUACUCAAACUUAUUAGUGUGUGUACAUAUCUGUUUUGCAGCGCAGAGAUCUCUCUUUUAUGUUGUGCAUUUUCACAUUUUUCUCUCUUAAACUUUUGAAAAAGCUCCCAGCCAACAAAAAUGGUGCAUAUUCUUACUUUACCACCACCACCACCGCCUCCUCCAUCAUUUAGAUCGAUUCCUCCUCAACGGCAUUCCUUCAAAAAAAGGAGCAAAAAUCCACCACCAUCACCACCACCACAACCAUCAUUUGGAUCGAUUCCUCGUAGACGACGGUAUUUUUUCAAAAAAAGAAGCAAAAAUCCACCACCAGCACCACCGCCACCGCCAUCAUUUGGACCGAGUCUUCCUUGGCUCAAGAGACGAAAAAUCAAUCCAACAUUGCCGUCUUCCGUCAACAAGGACAUGUCUCUGAUCCAAAAAGACAUGUUGACCUGGUACUUGCUCACCCUUAUGAUGCGCCAAAAACUCCAAACCCGAAACCAGCAACCUGAAGAGACGCGAGAAGAAUGGGUAAUUUCAAUCAAAGACAAGAUGGAACAAACACUCAGAGAGGAUGCCACAACUAGCUGGGAAAGGCUAUGCAUCUAUAGAGUUCCACAAUACCUUCAAGAGAACGACAACAAGUCCUACUUCCCUCAGACCGUCUCGCUUGGCCCCUACCACCAUGGCAAGGACCAUCUCCUGCCUAUGGAUCGUCACAAGUGGCGGGCAGUCAAUAUGACAAUGGCACGCACCAAGCAAGGCAUCGAAAUGUAUCUUGAUGCCAUGAAAGAGCUCGAGGAGAGGGCUCGUGCUUGCUACGAAGGUCCCAUUGGUUUGAGUAGUAACAAGUUCACAGAAAUAUUGGUUCUUGACGGUUGUUUUGUUCUCGAACUCUUCAGGGGAGCUGAUAAAGGAUUCUCGGAACUCGGAUACGAUCGUAACGAUCCGGUUUUUGCAAUGCGAGGAUCCAUGCAUUCAAUUCAACGCGACAUGGUGAUGCUAGAAAAUCAACUUCCUCUAUUUGUUCUCAACCGGUUAUUAGAGCUACAGCUUGGAUCACAAAACCAAACCGGUUUAGUGGCGCAGUUAGCUAUUCGGUUCUUUGACCCACUAAUACCAACAAACCAACCAUUGACCAAAACCAACACGUCAAAUCUGGGAGAAGAUAAAUUCUUUAACCCAAUAGCAGACAAGGACCAGGACGAGUUGCACUGUCUGGAUGUUUUCCGACGAAGCCUCCUUCGACCUAGUACAAAGCCAGAGCCAAGAUUGUCACGGAGGAGAUGGUCAUGGAAAACACGUGUGGCCGAUAAGCGUCAACAACAACUGAUACAUUGUGUGACGGAAUUAAGAGAGGCUGGUAUUAAAUUCAAGAUAAGAAAAACCGACCGGUUUUGGGAUAUAAGAUUCAAAAAUGGUUAUCUAGAGAUACCCAAACUACUUAUCCAUGACGGUACCAAAUCUCUCUUUUCGAAUCUUAUAGCUUUCGAACAAUGCCAUAUCGACUCGAGCAAUGACAUAACAUCCUACAUAAUAUUCAUGGAUAAUCUAAUAGAUUCUCCACAAGAUGUUAGCUAUUUGCAUUACUGUGGUAUUAUCGAGCAUUGGCUAGGAAGUGAUCUUGAGGUUGCGGAUAUGUUUAACCGGCUAUGUCAAGAAGUGGCUUUCGACCCUCAAAAUAGCUAUCUGUCUCAAUUGUCGAACAAGGUUGACCGUAACUAUAGCCGAAAGUGGAAUGUUAUGAAGGCGGUCUUGAAACACAAGUACUUCAAUAAUCCUUGGGCGUAUUUUUCUUUCUUUGCUGCUCUUGUCCUCCUAGUUCUCACGUUGUUUCAGAGUUUUUUUAGUGCUUAUCCAUAUUUUAAUCCACAUUCUUAAUUUUCACCAUUGUUCCAUAGUUAUUUCAUUCAAUAAAUUGUGACAAUCCGCCCCAGACUCACAGUGCUGCAGCGCACCGACCACAACCCCUCCAUUAUCAGUUUCUCUAACUCCAUAAUUAGGUUGUUGGUGAGCCUCGAACCCAGGACCACACCCUUUAACAUCAUUCCCACAGGACAGUCAAUUGGUGACAGCUUAUCAUGUGGGAAUGCUGUUAAAGGGUGCGGUCCUGGGUUCGAGGCUCACCAACAACCUAAUUAUGGAGUUAGAAAGAAUUCAUAAUGGAGGGGUUGGGGUCGGUGCGCUGCAGCGCUGUGAAUCUGGGACGCACGGAGCAGGUAGUUCCCACGGGACGGGUUGUCACAUAAAUUUGGAAUGUUUGUACUAUCUCUUUAUUUUUUGCCGAACAUUGUGUAUUUUUCUUCACAGUAUACUUUUAUCGUAUUGCAAAAAGUUAACUAAAAGAUCAGACUUCACAGUCUAUUGAGGCCAUAUAUUAUGUUAAAAGUUCUGUGAAUGUUAUUCAUAUGAUUCUCCUACAUUCAAAGUUAAUAAAAACUACAAGACUUGGUCGUAAACCAGCAUAAAAGUGUGUAGCAGCUAUUUGACGGGAUACGUUUUCAGACUAUCGGACCAUUCAUGCUCGUUAGCAUUCUCCAAACCGGAUUACAAGAACUUAUUAUAAAUAAAAUCAUAUCAUAUUCAUAUAAGAGUUGACUAACAAAAUAAACAAAUAAAACGUGUCCCGACCAAUAGAUUUCAGCGUUUGUUAAAGCAAACAUC